AUGUUAUUCAAAUCUAUGACACAACUAUGUAACUUUCAACAAACUACUACUAUGAAUAAUGACUUGUUGAAUAGUUCCUCUACUACAACUGCUACUACAUCACAACAAGGAGUGAAUAAUAUUGCUUGGAUGCGUUGGAGAUCUAGAUACUAA